AUGACUCGGAUUUCAGAAAUUAUUCUUUUGGGUUUUGGAGAUCUCCAUGGCCUUCAGUUUCUUCUUUUUGGGAUAUUUCUGGUCAUCUAUGUGGUGACUCUCAUGGGUAACAUUGUGAUCCUAACUGUGGUGUCAGCUGAUCGGUCCCUUCACACACCCAUGUAUUUCUUUCUUGGCCACUUCUCCUUCCUAGAGAUCAGUUACACCACUACCAUUGAGCCUGUGAUGCUGAAGACUUUGCUAUCAGCUCAUGUGCCUAUUUCCAUCCCAGCCUGUGCUUGCCAGUUUUAUUUUUUUGCUGCCCUGGUGGCUACAGAAUGCUUCUUCCUAGCUGUAAUGUCUUAUGAUCGCCACAUCGCCAUCUGUAAACCACUGCAUUAUUCCAGCAUCAUGGACCACUGUGGCUGCUUACAGCUAGCCAGUGCUUCUUGGGUGGCUGGAUUUUUGGCACCCAUUCUUCUUGUGGUCCUCAUUUUUCACUUAACAUUCUGUUCUGACAAUGAAAUUGACCACUUCUUCUGUGAUUUGAAGCCUAUCAUGAAACUGGCCUGCACUGAGACUCAAGUAGCUGAUAUGACCUCUUUUAUCUGCACCUCUUUAUUUGCCCUUGGCCCCUUUCUGCUGACUCUAGCUUCUUAAAAUCACAUCAUUUCUACCAUUCUGAGGAUUCCUUCUGCCACAGGGAAGCAGCGGGCCUUCUCUACCUGUUCCUCCCACCUGACAGUGGUCAGUCUAUAUUAUGGGACACUGGGUAUUGUUUAUGGCUUUCCAUCAGGUCCUCAGUAUGAUGGUUUGUUGAAGUUGCUUUCCCUUCUGUAUACAGUGCUUACCCCUGCCCUCAACCCUAUCAUUUACACCCUAAGGAACAAGGAUGUGAAAGUAGCACUGAGAAAACUGGUGCAAUGA